GUGGCAUUCACUCGCGUAGCAGUCGACAUGGUAGCCUACAUUCUUAUAGCUAUUGCCUCGCUUCUGGCCGCGGCAGAAGCAGGAACUGCGCCCUGCACUACCAUCACUGUGCCUGACUUCCUAACAGCUGACACGACUCACUGCUACGAUGAACAGCCUCUCGACAUCUGCACGCCAUACAAUGAAAACGACACGGAGAAAGUGCGCGAACAAAUCAACUGCACCAACUACGACGUUAAUUACAAGGUCCUCGCCCUGACAAUGGCGCUCGACACUUCCGUGGCGGCAACUCUCCCCGAAGAAGACCGCAACCAAAGUUACUCUGUUACAGAAUUCAUUGUGCAGUGGUGUUCCAACGGAUACGCUCUUCCGAGGUAUCUGUACAACUACACAUGCGAGGAGUACUUGGCUAUGGUGACAGUGACCUGCGACGCUCCGGUUACUUUGAGUGUUCCUGAUGUCAACGGCCUGGGGAAGUGCGCUGAGCGCAAUAAGAUCGCAAACCUCUGCAUGGAAGGAGACAGCCUCACUUGGCAAACUUUUGUUGAUCUGAUUAACCUGAUAAGGUGCGUCUACUUUAGCAUCAUACCAAUCCUUCCGUUUCCGGAGUAUUGAGAAAGGUGCGACCAGACGCUCGAAGAACGCGCAACACAUUGCGUCCUGCACAGCUGCAACCACACCCAUAUGUCGCAAAACUAAAUAAACUGCACAAAAAG